GAUAUAUAAACUAUCGCUCGUAAAGUCAAUACUUGCGUUUUCUCAGUGUAAAAAUGUAGGUCGGUUGUCGGACUAAAAAUCGCGUUUUAUUUACGGCUCUUGCAAAACAAAAUGUCGAAUGUACGAAUAUUGGAGUAGUAAUUACGUAAUUACACGUCAGUGUACUGACGAAGUCAACACAUUAAACGGGAUCAUGCCCCUUCGUUUAAACCAAGAAAUGCGUAAAAUUAAAGGUUACUAAGCAACUUGCCACACUUAUUUAGUCAAUAAUCCCAAAGCUUUCCUAUUAUAGUCCUAGAACGAAACAUUGUUUGAAAUUUGAAUCAGAUCAGGAUGGCUGCUCUAUUGCUGCCCAAUACGACUGCGCGCCUGAGCGUACGCCAGGGCGCCCUAGCGCUGAGGGGCAUUGGACGAUUUAUUCAUCGUGUCCGCACAUCUCAUCAAUCAACACAAACUACGCUCGCACUGACCAACACUAGAAGAAUGGGUGAGAAAGAUAUCUACAAAUGCACUCCUAAGAUAAUGGAUAGGCUGAGGAGUAACACGUUGUUUAGUCGUACUGAAAUUGAAGCCCUUUACAAAAUCUUCAAGAAGCUGGUCACAUUCAAUAAAUCUUCGUGCAGGACUAUCAAUGACAAAGUUUCCACGUCAAUGAGCACCAACCCAUCGGCUGCUUCGGAGGGAAUCAACAGAACGGUUUUCCGCGAAGUGCUGCACAACACCUUCGACAUCGUGACUGAAAACAUGCUGAUGGACCGGAUUUUCUGCGUCUGGGAUCGGCUGAAUAGCGGCUUGAUCACUCUAGACCACUGGAUCCUAGGGAUGUCCUUGUUCCUGAAAGGCAAUCUUCCGAAACAGAUCGACUACUGCUUCGCCGUCUACGAUCUGAACGGCGAUGGAUUUAUCACUAAAGAUGAAAUGUUUCAGCUCCUAAGAUGAUCAGGGUCCAACGGCUUUAAUUUUCUCGUCGGGACAAGAGCUACGUAUGCAGGAUCCGCCUCCAGAGCAUUAUUCAUACCAAGAAACGCCACAGCCUUCGGACACGUUCCAAAAAAGAAAAAAAGUUAAAGGUCUUGAAAUGAUUGAGACUUUUAUGUCCUAUUUGCAGGCCAAAAAGGCCAGACUUACGAAGAACGAUGCAGAGAGUACAAAGUCCUCUAACGAACUUUGUCUCCUAAGUUUAUUGGAGGAUAUGAAUAAUUUUGCUAAAGCUAAAGUGCGUCAAUUUGAAAGGUCAGUGUUGGAUACGCUGAACACCCUCUUAGAUGACGAUGAAUAAAAAUGUUUUGCCAGUCAA